AUGGCCAUCUAUCUCUUACCUUUCUUCUCUUUAAUUUUAUUCCUGCAGCUCUCCAUCCAUGUUCGUGCGUCAGCACUGACGACGGCCAUUGGUGCCAACGAAAGACUUUGCUUCUACGCCGAUGUGGACAAGGCAGGAGAGAAGAUUGGUUUCUACUUUGCGGUCCAAGCGGGAGGUUCAUUCGACAUUGACUUUGAUGUGAAAGAUCCAGCUGAGAAGGUGCUCCUCGACGGUGUUCGAGAGCGACAGGGUGAUUAUGUUCUCACGGCAAAUACCGUCGGAGAAUACGCCUUUUGCUUCGAGAACGAUAUGUCCACGCUUACGGAGAAACUCAUUGAUUUCGACAUCAUGGUCGAGAGUGAACCGCGAAGAGAGCCACCGGCGAAGCCAGGCCAGAUUUCCGAGCACACUAGUGCAUUAGAGGAGAGUAUAUUCAGGCUAAAUGGUAUGCUGCAGAACAUCAAAAGAACGCAGAAAUAG